CGCACGGACGGAGCCCACAGCGGCCCAGAGGCGGAGGACCUGAGCAGGCAGCCGCGGGCGACCCCGAGUCGAGUCCCGCAGCUAUGGCCCUGAGCGAGCUGGCGCUGCUGCGCUGGCUGCAGGAGAGGCGCCACUCGCGGAAGCUCAUCCUCUUCAUCGUGUUCCUCGCGCUGCUGCUGGACAACAUGCUGCUCACCGUCGUGGUCCCUAUCAUCCCGAGUUACCUGUACAGCAUUGAGCAUGAGAAUGCUACAGACACCCAGACCUCCAGGCCGGCACUCACGGCCUCCACUGGGGACAGCUUCCGGAACAUCUUCUCCUAUUACGACAAUUCUACCUUGGUCACCGGGAACGUCACCAGAGACCUGCAGCAGGGGCAGCUGCGUAAGGCCACCACACCACACAUGGUGACCAACACGUCCUCUGCCCCUUCUGACUGUCCCAGUGAACAAAAAGACCUCCUGAAUGAAAACGUGCAGGUUGGCCUGUUGUUUGCUUCGAAAGCCACUGUCCAGCUCCUCACCAACCCUUUCAUAGGACUGCUGACCAACAGAAUUGGCUACCCAAUUCCCAUGUUUGCAGGAUUCUGCAUCAUGUUUGUCUCAACAAUUAUGUUUGCCUUCUCCAGCAGCUAUGCUUUCCUACUGAUCGCCAGGUCGCUGCAGGGCAUCGGCUCCUCCUGCUCGUCUGUAGCUGGGAUGGGCAUGCUUGCCAGCGUGUACACAGAUGAUGAAGAGAGAGGCAACGCCAUGGGGAUCGCUUUGGGAGGCCUGGCCCUGGGGGUCCUAGUGGGUCCCCCCUUUGGAAGCGUGCUGUACGAGUUUGUGGGGAAGACGGCUCCGUUCCUGGUGCUGGCCACCUUGGUGCUCUUGGACGGAGCUAUUCAGCUCUUUGUGCUCCAGCCUUCCCGGGUGCAGCCAGAGAGUCAGAAGGGGACGCCCCUCAUGACCCUGCUGAAGGACCCCUACAUCCUCAUUGCCGCAGGCUCCAUCUGCUUUGCCAAUAUGGGGAUCGCCAUGCUGGAGCCGGCCCUGCCUAUCUGGAUGAUGGAGACCAUGUGUUCCCGAAAGUGGCAGCUCGGCAUUGCCUUCUUACCAGCGAGCAUCUCUUAUCUCAUUGGAACCAAUAUUUUUGGGAUACUUGCGCACAAAAUGGGGAGGUGGCUUUGUUCUCUUCUAGGAAUGAUAAUUGUUGGAAUCAGCAUUUUAUGUAUUCCUUUUGCAAAAAAUAUUUAUGGGCUUAUAGCUCCGAACUUUGGAGUUGGUUUUGCAAUUGGAAUGGUGGACUCGUCCAUGAUGCCUAUCAUGGGCUACCUUGUGGACCUGCGGCACGUGUCCGUCUAUGGCAGCGUGUAUGCCAUUGCAGACGUGGCGUUCUGUAUGGGAUACGCUAUAGGUCCUUCUGCUGGUGGUGCUAUCGCAAAGGCAAUUGGAUUUCCGUGGCUCAUGACAAUUAUUGGGAUAAUUGAUAUUCUUUUUGCUCCUCUCUGCUUUUUUCUUCGAAGUCCACCUGCCAAGGAGGAAAAAAUGGCUAUCCUCAUGGAUCACAACUGCCCUAUUAAAACAAAAAUGUACACUCAGAAUAAUAUCCAGUCAUAUCCAGUAGGUGAUGAUGAAGAAUCUGAAAGUGACUGAGACCCUCCAAAGUCAUCCAAGUAUUUAAUUGUGUAAAACAGUGUUUCCAGUGAAAUGACUCAUCCAGACCUAUCUUAGUCAUAUCAUCCAUCCCUGGUUAAAGAGGAAAACAACCAAAGGUCAUUAUUCUUUUCCAUGGUUAUGAUCGAUUGCCAACAGCCUUAUAAAGAAAAAGAAGCUUUUCUAGGGGUUUGUAUAAAUAGUGUUGAAACUUUAUUUUAUGUAUUUGAUUUUAUUAAAUAUUAUACAAUAUAUUUUGACGAAACAGGUAUAGUGUAAAUCUAUAAAUAUUUGAAUCCAAAUCAAAUAUAAUUUUUUAACUUACAUUCAUGAACACUUGGGCAAAAAUCUUGUCUUUUUUCUGAAUAUUGGUAAUGAGUGUUUAAAACUAAAGCACACAUUAUCUCUGAGACUCUUCUAACAAAGAGAAACUAGAAGGAAAUCUGAAAAACAGAAUCAAGUAAGACAGCAUGUUAUAUAGUCACCCUGAAUGAGUGUAGUUAUUAUCAAUACAGACAUGAGUUAAAAGCUAGUUAUCGCAAGUAUAGAGGACAAGCACUUGAGUCAGUCACUUUCUGGAUUUAUCCAUAAAUCUUAAAUGGCAUUAGUUUUCUAUGUAAUCCCGUACCUGGAAAGAGACGGUUGUAAAUUAUGUUUACAUGUCAUGUGGUUGGCAGCUGACAUAAAGCCAACUAGGAGAAAACAGUAAAUGUUCUGAAAGCAGAGAGAAGUACUCAGACCUAUAGUUUUGAACUAGCAGCUUUCCCUUUAAGAUAUUUGAUUCUUAGCGGAUGAAAGACAGUUGAGGGUGUAGUAUGUAACACGGUCAACUUUGUUUGUUAAACAGAGUUUAUCAACACCUAGUUCAAGUUUUAGAAAAAGAAACUGAAUGGGCUAAUGGCUGCUCUGCCUUGGAAAAUUAGACUGUAUUAUCAGAGACCUGUUUGUAGGUUAUCCAAGUGUUUUCCAGGGAUCUAUUAAUUUUAGGUUCUAAAAUUAUUUUUAGACUUCCUGAAAAUUGUUUACAUCACUAUGAAAACAAACUUUUAACAAGGAUGGGAGGAAUACAAUUGUUUAUGUUUAGGGGAACAGGUUUAAAAAAAAAAAAAAAGAGUGGUGAGGACCUCAUCUCUUUUCACAGGCAGAAAAGAAAAACCAAACAUCUGAAAUAUGUGUUAAUGUGUCAUCUAGUGGGCAGUGUAGUUUUUCUAGGCAUGAAAACAUUGAUGUGCCUUUUCAGUGCAACAGCAAAUACCAUUAGUGAACAGUGUUUUUGUUGUUUUGUAUGAGAUAUGACUGGAGUGUGAAGAUGUCUCCAGUGAUACUUGUUAAUUCUGCAGUUCUGUCAUCAUAAACCAAAAUUGUUGAAUGUCCGUUUUGUUAAGCUAGAAUUGUGUUUGUGUUAACUUGGACAUCAAGGAGCAAAGAACUUUAGAACAAAGACUCCUCAAUGUUAAGACUAUUUCUUACUCUCUAGGAAAGUAGCUAAUAAUUUUUUCUGCUUCAUAAAGCUUUUGUGUGUGGCUUCCAUGAUUUGGAGUCUGGUUUCCAAGUGCAGUGUGCUGAAAGCAAACAAGCUUCCUACUCACUUAUUUGCACUGGAUAACUUAACACAAGUCGGCUAUUUUGCAAGAUGGCACUGGAGGAACUCUUAAUAUGGCUAAAAUAAAAAGGCAGGGUAGUUUCUACUUGUAUAGGGGAGAGCCUUAACAAAGAAGAUGGUAUCACUUGGUUCUUUUUAAGGGUUUCUGAUUCUCCUUGCCCCAAAUACAAUUUUCUGUUUGCCUUUAAGAUUCAGCUUCUGUAUGAAUGACUGGCAGAAGCAGGCCUGCUAUUGAUCCCUUGGGAUAAACUAUGUAUGAAUUUUUCAGAACUGUUUUGGGAGCAAAGGAUAGGUUGUAUCUGAGGAGAAAAGGUCUUAUAUGACUAAUAUUCUGAGUUAGCAGGUCCAAAAAAAAUUUUUUUUUAAAUGUGUGUAUCAGAACAUAGAACAUACAGCAAUCUGAACAUGUACUUUUUGAACAGAGGUGGUUUUUAUGUUUGUACCUGGUAAUACCAACGAGGUAGCACUGAAUAUUGAACUUUUUCCUUUGACUGCUAAGUAUAUCUGUCCAGUCAUGUCUGAGCUAGUUUACUUAAUAAAACUUCUCAACAAUGGAUUGGGCCAGUUUGUGUUCCUAUAUAUAAACCAGACCUAGGUGCUGGAAUAAAGUUAUCUAAGGUGAUAUCAUUUUGACUGUGGAUAUUUAAUUUAAAACUAUUCUGUGCUUGCAGGCAUCAAGUAAAACUACGGAAGGUUAGUUUGACCGUAUGUUUUCGCUUUCCAGAAUUGUUUUUAGAUUGAAAUAUGUAAUGAGGGCGGCGCCUGUGGCUCAGUGAGUAGGGCGCCGGCCCCAUAUGCCGAGGGUGGCGGGUUCAAGCCCAGCCCCAGCCAAACUGCAACAACAACAAAAAAAAUAGCCGGGCGUUGUGGCGCGCGCCUGUAGUCCCAGCUGCUCGGGAGGCUGAGGCAAGAGAAUCGCGUAAGCCCAAGAGUUAGAGGUUGCUGUGAGCCGCAUGACACCACGGCACUCUACCCGAGGGCGGUACAGUGAGACUGUCUCUACAAAAAAAAAAGAAAUAUGUAACGAGCCACACUAUGUCAAGUGGAAAAUACCAGUAAGUCAUCGUUGCAUCUGUAAACUUAUUGUUGUCCUGAUUGUUUUGAACAUGUAAACCGUAUUUGAAAAAGUAACAUCCAACCAUCUGACAUUAUAGUGCUUAGCCUGGUUUCUGUAAAACCUUUGGAAUUAGGGACAUUCUGAAUGGUGUACAUGUAUAUAUCUUCCAGAGAUAAAAGCCCACAGCUUUAGAUCUUAAAGGGGAGCAUGACUUAAAAGGGAUUGGGGGGACCUCCCACUCUUUUUUUGGUAAGGAAAGCUAUCAUCUCAAUUAAUAAAUAAUAUAUUUUUAGUGAGUUAAAAUUUACUCUAAAACUUUUAGAGGACUUAAUACUUUAUUCUUUAUUAUAUUACUAUUAGUAAGGGCCAAAUAUUUUGAAAUUGCUUUUAAAAAAUCCAGAUGUACUUAAAUUUCGAAUUUGACAGAACCUCCAAAAUUGUAAAGUUGUAUGUUCUCCUCCCAGAGUCACAAAAUAUCCACACAGUACUUCAACAUCAUAUGUCAAUAUAUGAUAUUGAAGAACCUAAGGCUUGCCAUGAGGAAAUGUAGCCUAUUAGUUAUGACUGCUAAAAUGUUGCUCAGCUUGACUGUCCAACUAGCCCAUCCAUCUAAAUGCCAAUGUGAAAAAUACACUUUAAAUAAUCUAAUUACUAAUAUAUACCAGAGGCAAACCUAUACAUUUGAUAAUCCACAAGUUAAGGAAAUAAUAGUAAAAAAAUUAACACU